AUACCGCCCCGAACUUUCUAUGGAAAAAAUAUCGACUAGUGUAACCUUAAGUGCAAUAUACGGCGACGAUUGGACCGUGGAGAGCGACAAAACGAGGUCGUAUAGCAUAAAAAUAUAUGAAAAGAAAUAUGAAGUUGUUCUGUAUGUGACUAUGCCAGAGGAUUACCCUUCGCAGUCACCACCCAGCUACGAGUUUUCUGCUCCAUGGAUGGACAGAAAAGACAAAUCAGAGCUGCAUCAAGCGUUAGACGAAAUCUAUUUAGAGAACAUAGGAAAAUGUGUUGUGUUUCAAUGGGUGGAGAAAAUAAGAGAAGUACUACAGACUAUAAAGCCAAAAAAGAGACAAAAAGUAAACAAAACAACUAAAUCGAAAUCACCUCCCACACUAUCUUCAGAUACAUCAUUGGUACAUAGUGACUGUCCAGAGAUAACUCAUGGAGAGGUUAUCGUUGAUAGAAAAAGUAUAUUCCAAGGUCAUGCGGCAGAAGUCCACUCGAUUGAUGAUGUAAACGCGGUCCUAACAAAACUGAAGAUGAACAAGAAGAUAUGUAAUGCGAAACACAAUAUGUAUGCUUACCGCAUAGAACGGAAGACAGGCAAAAGCAAUUGCAUUAUUCAGGACUGUGAUAACGAUGGCGAGGCGCACGCUGGUGGCAGGAUGUUACAUCUAAUGCAGAUUUUAGAUCAGAAGAAUACUUUAGUUGUAGUGACUCGCUGGUAUGGUGGGAUACAGCUAGGCCCUGACAGGUUUAGACAUAUCAAUAAUGCAACGAGACAGGCAAUACAACAGGCAGGACUUUUAAAAAAAUGA